AUGCUUGAUGCUACCUAUGCUGAAAUCUGUUUUAAUUAUAAACCAAAAACCAAAAAUACCACUCCUUAAAUUUAAAAAAACAACACCACUUUUAAAACUAAAUAGGAUGUUUAUGAUUAUAUUGAUAAAAUCCAAGUCUAAGCUAAAUUACCACCUAUUGAACAUGAAUUUUAUUUAAAUUCCUUUCGUUCUUCCAAUUUCAAUAAAUAUAAACCAAUCUCUUGCUCAAGAAGUGUACUUGUAUAAAAAUAAACCAAAAAUAUAAGACUCCAUAGUCUUAUAAGUGAAAUUAGUAACACUUUUGAAGAAGGAAUUCUUAAAACAUAAGAAAUAUAAGACUCUUAUUCCAAAGAAAAAAAAAAACUAUCGGAUCAAUAAUCUAAAUAUUCUAAAUUAUUAUAGAGUCUAGAAUCCAAAAAUCAUAUCACUAAUUCUAAUUGGAAAAAUUUAAUGAAGCAUCAUUUCAGAAAUUUUAAUGAGUAUAUGGAUAAUGCUCUCAAAGAUAUCAAAGAUGAAAAACAUUAUGUUUAUUCUCAUCAAAUAUCAACUCGUCAUCAUUAUUUAUUUGUAGAUAAUGAAAUUAGAAGAAACUUUUUAAGAAGAAGAUAAUUUAGGAACUGA